AUGACUCCAGGAGAAACUUCAAGUCAAACCCUUCCAACGAGCUCUGUAGAACAUGACUCACUGGUACCCUUACAUCCCCUAAGAAUCAGACCCGCAGGAAACGCAUACACCGCCACCGAGGACAUCAAGCUGGCUGCAGGGUCCUUUGCGGCAUUGCCCGACGAACUACUCAUUCAAGUGCUGGAAUCUCUGGAUGCAGCCUCACUCAAGCGGCUUGGUUGUGCAUGCAAGGCUUUGUACGCAUUCUCCAGACUCGAAGAAUUGUGGAAGACACUAUGCAUUGAGUCUUCCACUUCCAUUGUUGCGUGGCGUGGAACAUGGCGUUCUACCUACUUCAACUUGCCGGAAACCUGUCGUUCCCAGAUAUCCUGCCAGAACUUAUUCUCUGAUGUCCUCCAUCGGCCCUUCCUCUGCGCUCACACUUCGCUGGUUCCUUACACGAGUAACAUACCAGCUCGCAACGCUAUCCCACGGCUACAAGACCUCUCGAAUUUUGAGUUCAGUCAUGCAUGGACCGAUAGACCAUUCAUCCUGACCGACCCUGUGCGAGAAUGGCCAGUCUAUCGAGAGUGGUCUACCGAAGCCAUGCUGGGGAAGUACGGCGACGUCAGCUUCAGAGCAGAGGCCGUCGAUUGGCCUCUCAAAACAUAUGUUGAGUAUAUGAAUGGUAACCAGGACGAGAGCCCACUAUAUCUCUUCGAUCGUUCUUUCGUCGAGAAGAUGGACAUUCGUGUCGGCAAAGAUGGCCAGUAUAGGGCGCCAGGUUGUUUCGGCGAAGAUCUCUUCUCAGUCUUGGGCGAGCAGAGGCCGGAUAGUCGAUGGCUUAUUGUAGGCCCGGAAAGAAGUGGGAGCACAUUCCACAAAGACCCGAAUGCUACAAGCGCUUGGAAUGCGGUCCUCCGUGGCUCAAAGUACUGGAUCAUGUUCCCAACGUCUCCAUCCCAGCCGCCCCCACCUGGCGUCUUUGUGUCAGAGGAUCAAAGCGAAGUCACCAGCCCUUUGAGUAUUGCGGAAUGGAUGUUAGGCUUUCAUGCACAAGCAAAAGCAAUGUCAGGCUGUGCGGAAGGCAUUUGUAAGGAGGGGGAGGUGUUACAUGUGCCUUCAGGUUGGUGGCAUCUGGUGGUAAACCUAAGUCCCAGCAUCGCCAUCACACAGAAUUUUGUCCCACAAGCACACCUGGUGAACGUACUGGACUUCUUGAAAACCAAGCCGGACCAAGUCUCGGGUUUCCAUAAUGAUAUCAACAACCCUUAUGAGUUGUUUGUCGAGAAAAUGCGUGAGCUGUAUCCCGAAGUGUUGGAUAAAGCCCUUGGGGAAAUGGAGAAGAUACAUGGAGGGAAGAAGAGAAAAUGGGACCAGCUAGUCAACGGAGACGACGAGCAUGUUGCAAAUGCUAAGGCCUUCAAUUUUGGAUUUGGGGACGACGACGCCGAGGAUGUGCCUUGA